AUGUGCUACAGUCGCCCCCUGGUGGUGGCUUCCUUCAGCCGUCCUCAGCCUGAGACUAAACACGUGACGGAGCUGAAACAUGAACAUACAGGGACCUCCCACCUGGUGCGAUACCAGCUGAAAACAUCCCACCUGGUGCACUACCAGCUGAGAACAUCCCACCUGGUGCACUACCAGCUGAGAACAUCCCACCUGGUGCACUACCAGCUGAGAACAUCCCACCUGGUGCACUACCAGCUGAGAACAUCCCACCUGGUGCACUACCAGCUGAGAACAUCCCACCUGGUGCACUACCAGCUGAGAACAUCCCACCUGGUGCGAUACCAGCUGAGAACAUCCUGCCUGGUGCGAUACCAGCUGAGAACAUCCCACCUGGUGCACUACCAGCUGAGAACAUCCCACCUGGUGCACUACCAGCUGAGAACAUCCCACCUGGUGCGAUACCAGCUGAGAACAUCCUGCCUGGUGCGAUACCAGCUGAGAACAUCCCACCUGGUGCGAUACCAGCUGAGAACAUCCCGCCUGGUGCGAUACCAGCUGAAAACAUCCUGCCUGGUGCGAUACCAGCAGAGAACAUCCCACCUGGUGCGAUACCAGCUGAAAACAUCCUGCCUGGUGCGAUACCAGCGAGGCACGUCCCACCUGGUAUUGCACUCGGAGCAGUGGGUUGUGUUUGGAGAACGGUUCAGCAGCAGAAAUGUGGUUUUGGCCAAAUCCAGAGAUUCUGAAUGA